AUGGGAAAUACUCUAGAAUACUCCGUUUUCAUUAUUCAAGAUAUCGAGAAUUCUCCACCAAAAGUUAUCUAUGAAUAUAAUAAAUGCAGUUUUAUCACUAAUCAGCAGAUACAAGAUUAUUUUAGCAUUUCGAAGACAAUUUUUGAGUCUAAUAGUUCAUCAUCCAAUUCAAUGGGUGAGAUAUUACACAUUAGUAUUCAAGAACAAACAUCUAUUAAAAUUCUUCCUUUUUCAAUUGAUCAAAAAUAUUAUGCUCUAUUUUAUUGCACAAAUAUGCCACAAAACGCCGAAUUAGCCCUUUUAGAUAAAGUUUUUGAACAUAAUAUGAUUGAAUUUUACAAAGUAACAUCAAUUCUUUUGAAAAUGGAGUUUAAUCAAUCCGAUUUCCAUAAAAUUGUAGAACAUCAGUUUUCAAUAGUUCAAAAUUUAAUCAAUAAUACGAACAAACACAUUAAAUUCCCCGUUAUUACUCUCGCAAAUCUUAAUAACUUCGUUAAACUUCUUACAUUUCAUUUAACAAAUAAUUUGCAUACUUGUGUAUGCCAAUACAAUGAUCUCGCAUUCCUAUCAAUCUGGUUAGAACCUAGUCAAAGAAUUCGAUCAAGUUUUGAGCAAUUAAACUAUAACUCAGCUCUAUAUGUCCAAUAUUUGAAGAAGAACGAUAGUAAAGUAUCGAAUUAUACUAAUAUUAAGGAAUCACCAUGGGUUGUUGAUGCCUUAACAGAAAUUUCACAAUCCGACUCUUUUCUACAGGAAUAUAUGUGCAUCAGAAAAUUUUUCGAAGCCUUAAAGAUCACAUCUGCUCUUGUUGCAAUGAUUUCUGAAAUUUUGAGAAAUUGUGGUUCAGAUAUUCUUAAUAGUCAACAAAUUGAUGAAAUAUGUUCGAUACUAGGCUUAAAGUCGCCAAUUGACAUUAAAAUGUUUAUUGGACUCGCAAGAAUUUACCAAGAUUCCUCAUAUUAUAAGUUCUUCAAACAAAACACAGCUGCAAUAGCUAAUAUAGAGUCACUAUGA